GCACUACUGACGCGCCACUCGCCCCGCCCCUUUCUCCGGAAGCGGGAGAUUGAAGCGGCGGGCCCGGCGGUCCCGGGAGGGGUUUGUCUGCCUGGUCCCUUGUCCUGGUCCCUACGGGGAGCGGGCUCUGCUCCUCACGGCUCAGCGAUACCGGGGCAGAGAGCUCCUCAGGGCUGCCGCAUUCCUUGACUCCCACCCUAGGUCCUGGCCCGGCUGGCUCCUAGGGGCGGGCCAGGCCUCGUUAGGGCCGGGGCCUCAGCUCCGUGAGAGGCCGCCCCUGGUUCCGCGGCUGCGGGCAGCCUUGGGCUGGGGCUGUGCUGCGGGUCUCUCCUGUGCUCCGCUUCUGGGGUGCUGAAGAGCUGUGCAGGGUGCAGCACCUCAGAAAGCUCCCUAGUCUGUGGCUCUGCUUCUGAGCUGCCCGCCCUUCUUGCUGCUUCUCUGGAGGAUGGAAAAGUGGGUAGGGGAAAAUGAUGACCGAGUGUUAACGGAGCCUUUAGCUGGUGGGAGGAGAGUGUAAAAGGAGUGAGUGCUGUGAGGUAGUGUAGCUACAAGCAGGAAAACUGAGGUAGGGGACUGAGCAUCAGGAACUUAACCCAAGUGCAAAAUCAACAGCAUCCCCAGAAGGAUCAAAUGAGAGAGAUGGAAGAACCACUGUUUGAUAAAUUGACGUCUUUAUGCAAUACUCCAAAGGAUUCUGAGACAACAGCUCCACAGGUGACUGGUUCUGGGAAACAGCCAAUGAGUGCAGCUCUGAGGGAGCGAUUAAGGAAAACAAGACGUUCAUUUAAUGCUAAUUUUACAGUGGCAAAACGGCUCAAAAUAGACACUGAAGAAAAAGACUGUGCUGAUGCUGACAAAGGGUGCCUGCCAAAGACAAGUACAGACUGUUCCAGAUUACAAGAUAUUUCUGAAAAUCUGGAAAGAAAUUGCACUGGACAUACAUCUUUCAAAAGUCCCUUACAGGAAAAUGGUCUCUGUGGAUCAGCGGAGAAUUCUGCUGUGCUACAGGCUGAUCAUAGUCAGCAACAGUCCCUGGAAGAGAAAAUUAGGCUGGAGAAACAAGUGCGAGAGAAGGAAGAACUACUUCGAAGGCUCAAAAUGGUUAAGAUGUACCGAUCUAAGAACAACCUGUCUCAACUACAGGCUUUGAUAGUGAAAUGGAGAAGUAGUACCCAGCUGAUGCUGUAUGAACUACAGUCAGCCUUUUCUGCAGAUGGCAAGAAAGUGAGCCUCACUCAGCUAAUAGAUACUUUUGGGUUAGAAGACCAAUUAUUGCACUACAGCAGAGCAGAAGAAGAUUUUGUAGAUGCAUAAUCUGCAGGUGCAAAGCUUUCAGUUACACACAUGCAUAAGCAGAGCUGAUCAGACAGUGAACUUCAUGCUUUGAGGUUAGAAGGUUUUCUCAGGAACUAUUUGUAAAGCUAUGUGCUUAGAUACAGCAGGCACUGUGAAAGGCAUUGCUUAAUGGAAAAGAUCGAACUCAGGCUGUUUUGAAAAAUCUGGCUUGAUAACUUGAUCAGUGAUUUGUUAUUUAAUAAAAAUAAAUCAAGUCAUACUCUAACAA